UAGCAGGUUGGCUGGCGCACCGAUCAGAUUUGGAAUAAUCCGCUCAUUUCCCACAGGCGAAAGAAAUCGAUAGGUGCAAAACUGGAAUAUAUCAAAUCAAAUCCUUGGAGAUCGAUGGGAAAGGGGAAAGCUCUAGGGCGUACGUCAGCCGAAGCCGGCUGGCAUGCUACCGUGAUUGGCGUCGGGUGGUUUAGUCGUUUUCCCACGGGACCUUUAUUCUGGGGCUCGGUAAGAGAGCGAAUGGUGGUGGAAAUCGAAAUCUUUUAUAAUCUCCGGAAGGUGUGUGUUUUGGAAUGUUUAGGGUCGGGAGCCGUUAAAAACACAAAUAAUGAGACGGCGUAUAAAGUUGUCCCAGGAACCCCAACGAAUUUUUUUGGGCUUCUUCUGCAACAGGAAACACAAGAGAGUUACUUUUCAUUCCAUACACACAAAAACAAUUCUCUUUCACAAUGAAGUUCUCGAAGACAUUCGGAGUUGCUGCUGCUCUCCUUGGCCUGGCCAAUGCUCAGAACAUUCCAUCCAAGGUCACUAUCCUGACCCCGAAACCUGGUGCUGAGGUCGGUGUCAAUGGCUUGGGAUGGAUGAUCGACGUUGUUGCUGAGUUCUCUGCACCUCCGACUACUUCAUCUGCGGCCUCUGCCCCUUCGGCCGCCUCGAGCCCAAGCACCGCAUCACCUGGUUACCGACGAUCCACCGCCAACCCAGACGAUGGCUUCACCCCAUUCCUCAAUUCUCCAAACCUCACCACGUUUGCCGCAGGCCCUGACCCGGGUGCCCCGGGUUUCGUCUGCUUGAUCAGCGGUUCAACCAUGAACUUUGCUGGUUUCUUCGAGUUGAAUGCCAUCACCAACUCUGACGCCCAGGGUAACAUUUUGGAGGCUUACUUCACAUGGUAUAUCCCAGUCACUGGCCUUGGAUCCAACGUCAACAUUACCACUUCCGUCUUUUUCUUGAACUCAGCUGCUGGCGCUACGUACACCAAAAACCCAGCGACUGACCCCGCUGUCAUCUCCAACAUUGCGACUGUUAGCUUUUUCAUUUUCGGUGACGCUGCUUCCAACAUCACUGCCCCUGCAACCACGGCCACCCCAGUAACCAUUGACGUAUUUACUCCACGGGGCGGUGAAGUUGUCGGUGUCAAUGGUGCUGGGUGGAUGGUUGACCUGCUCCUUAUCAACACGGACCUCAGCGCCAACGUCUUCGCUCCAAUCAAUGGCUACACGCCACUCUAUCACGACAACUUCACUGAUCCAAAGUUCGCCCCAGGUGUUAGCAAGGCUGUUCCAGGAUUGGUCGUCUUGUCCAACACUUCGACUCUUGCUGGAGGUGCAAGCACCAACCUUGCCAACUUAUUCCAGAUCAACGCCGUCACUAGUGUUGUGAACGGUGUUAUCAGCGAGUACUGGUGCACCUGGUUGGUUGGCGCUGCCUUUGCCGGUAAAGGCCAGCCUUCCAGUCUGACCAUCUUCCUUGUCAACGGAACUGCCCCAGCCACCAUCAACGGAUCCCUGCCAACCAACAUCAUCUCUAAUGUUGUCAGUCAAAACUUUACUUUGUCCGGUGGUGCUGUCACUCCAGCAACUACCGCCUCUGGUUCCGGCGCUGCUGCCUCUCCCACCUCUGGUGCCGAUGUUCUGUCCGUUGGUGCUGGUUCAAUCCUUUUAGGUGCUCUUGCUCUCCUGCUCUAAGCGUUUUGUCAAAGAAGUAGCAAUCAACCACGUUUUUGUUCCUUUUUAUUACCUAGAUUUUGAUGACUUUUAUAAUAAGCUGUUAAGCCCGAAAAGCAGUAGGCUGGCAAUGGAAAAUUAGUAAAUAUACUGCACUCGUCAAGACUUGUUACUACUCUCCGAGCAAUAGUUAAUUAUAUGUCUGGUGUUACUAGAAAAUUCACCCACGGCUAAAUAUUCAGGCUCCUGCUUAUUCCUUGGUAUUAAGCUCUCUUAUGACCGCCUCUCAACUGCGAAUAACUGGACCAAAUACUUUUCAUCAA